ACCAGUCUGUGAUCUACAGCGAGCUAUGCCAGGAACUUGAGUCAGCAACCACGUCAGUGUUGGACGUGGCGUCACUCAUUAUAAGUAAGAACACAUUUAAUUCAGGUGCUACGGGGGUUGAAGCAGGACCAUCUUCACAGUCAACACCACAAACUACAGCAACUAAAAAGUGUGACGACAAUGAAUUAAAAAAUCAAAUCAAGAAACAAGUUGAACAUACAGCAGAAAUAUUGUCUCGACUAGAACUGAUAGAGACAGCUCUCUCUUCUCUACAAGACACAAAACAAAAGACUGAAGACGAUAUAUCAGAAAUAAAACAAUGGAGAGACAACUUUCUAUCAGAACAAAAUGAUACAGCUGAAAAGUUUUUUAGUCAACAGACAGAAAAUAUUGGAAGCCUUAGACAACAAAUAAAUGAACAAGAUAACAAAGUAAAGGAGCUGAACAAAGAAUUUGAAAGUUUAAAAGAAAAAGAAUCCAAGUCCAACAAAACACUAGAGAGACUGUCUCUAGAUAUGAUAGAGCAUGCAAACAACUUACACACAAUAAAUAAAGAAAUGCAAGUUCAUACAAAUAAAACAGACAGUAUAACACAAGAAGUUAGGAUCCAUUGCUCAAUUAUUUCUACUUUACAAGACAAUACAGCAAGCAAAUUUAAGGAUAUGUUUGCAAAGAUUGAUAAAAAAAUGCAAGAUGUUUUGAACUUUAAAGCACAAAUACAAGAUGUUUUGAAGCUGGAAAUUAAAGUCAAUAAUGUUUUAAAAUUUGAACAGAAAGUGAAGGAUUAUUUGAAACUUGAACAGAAAGUCAAUGAUAUUAUGAAUUUUGAACUGAGAAUGAAAGAAAUUUUAAAACUUGAAGAAAAAGUCAUUGAUGUUUUAAAGCUUUCACCAGUUGUUCAUUCUAUUGAGUCUCGUGUGUGUAACAGGUACCUGUGUCACAUCCAGCUGGCACAUAGCGCACCCGUGGGUCGGGGCUCAAUCAUUGCAACAUUCAGCGAGGUACGGGAAUACUACGGUAACUGCUUUAAUCAAACCACCGGGAAGUUCGUCGCGCCCCAAGACGGCCUGUACCUGCUAUGUUUGACCCUACAGCAGUGUGCGGAUAAACAGAUCCGAGUCGGCAUUUAUGUGGGGGAGAAGUGUAGCCAGACUGUCCAGGUGACAUACGCCGGGACAAGCGCUUCUGGAUCAGUUGUGGUUGACAUCAAGAAAGGUCAGAGUAUUUAUCUUCAUGUAGACUUCGCGGACCAAGGCGCCAAAUUGUCAAGUCUCAGUUCUUUUACUAUAGUUAGUUUAUAGAUGUACGAAUUAUC